AUGAGUGACCGACGAAGGAUCAACGGGCCACCGGGCACAACCCAGCCGCCACGGUUCGCACAUUCCCCCGGCUCUGCGAGAGCAUGGCCAGAGCGAGCGCGGAAGCCAAAUGAACUCCGCAAGAUUUUUUUACAAACCGGACUCGUUCCAUCAGCGAGCGGCUCGGCCUAUCUGGAGCUCGAAAGUUCUCCGGAGCCAAAGCCCACGAUUUUACGCACAUCCUCCACCAUAAAACUGUCGUGUGCUGUGCAUGGGCCAAAGCCGCUACCGCGAACCGCUUCCUUCUCCCCCAAUCUACAACUGAGUGCGUCGAUCAAGUUUGCACCUUUCGCUACUCGUAUUCGCCAAGGUUAUGUCCCUGAUUCGACGGAGAAAGACCUUGGGCUCCACCUGGAAAAUGCAUUGAAGGGUGUCCUAUUGCCGGACCGAUGGCCAAAGAGCGCGAUUGAUAUAGCCGUGACGGUUCUAGAGGGAGAAGAUGACCGGGAGGAAGGAAGCCGGUUUACAGGAAUUGGGCUGUUCAAUCUACUUGCGGCAGCGAUCAAUGUCUCCAUGGCAGCGUUGGCAGAUGCUAGAAUUGAUUGUCUCGACUUGUUGGCGGCUGGCGUCGGUGCCGUGGUGCCUGGAAAAGACGGGAAGCUUGUUCGAAUACUGGACCCUGCGGCUGUUGAACACGACGAAAUACUCUCGACCUGCGUGGUUGGGUACCUGCCGUCAAGAGAUGAGGUUGUGGAAAUGUGGUCCUACGGCAGCGCGCCUAAGCAGAGCCCCGGUGGAGUGAUAGGAUACGAUGAGCUGGCUGACAGUGCUAUUGCUGCUGCUCGUGGUGCGCAAACUGUUAUCCAGGCAGUUCUGCUGGAGUCUGUCAUGCGAAGUCAACCCGCGUCAUAG